AUGGCAUCCGAAGCAGCAGUAUGUCCCGUCGUCGGCACCACGACUUCCGUGCUGCCUCCAGACCAUCCUGCCUUUAACGCCGACGACCUGGAAGCAAGAUGCCCAGUGACCAACGCGAAAGUCGAGCACCACAACAAGACCAUCCACAACCACCCGUCCUCCUCCACCAUUCCCAACGACGGCAGCAAGAAGAACGACGCCACGAAAUGUCCCGCCUUAGCCAACGCCAGCUCGGAGGAUAAGAUUGUUGAUGAUGUAUGCCCCGUCGUUGGGCCGGUCAGUGCGAUGGUAUGA